AUGGGGAGUCUCGCACAGGUUAUCGCUGCACUAAGGGAAGCGGGCCUUGAAUCAUCGAAUUUAAUUCUUGGUAUUGACUUCACAAAGAGCAAUGAGUGGACAGGCAAGCAUUCUUUCCAUAGAAGAAGCCUUCAUUCAAUCAGUAACACACCUAAUCCAUAUGAAGAAGCCAUCUCUAUAAUUGGACGUACAUUGUCUCCUUUUGAUGAAGACAAUUUGAUACCCUGUUUCGGAUUUGGUGAUGCAUCAACACACGAUCGGCAUGUCUUCAGCUUUUACCCUGAUCACCGACCUUGUCAUGGUUUUGAGGAAGCUCUUGCACGUUAUAGAGAGAUUAUUCCUUACUUGAAGCUAGCAGGUCCAACUUCAUUUGCUCCAAUAAUUGAUGCUGCAAUUGACAUUGUGGAGAGAAGCAAUGGUCAAUAUCAUGUCCUUGUCAUUAUUGCAGAUGGACAGGUCAGUAGGAGUCCUGAUACACCACCUGGAAGGCUUAGUCCACAAGAACAAGCAACUGUCGAUUCUAUUGUUGCUGCAAGUGAAUACCCUCUUUCAAUAAUUUUGGUUGGUGUGGGAGAUGGACCAUGGGAUGCAAUGCAUCAAUUUGAUGAUAACAUUCCUCAGCGCGUGUUUGACAAUUUCCAGGUACUAUGUUAA